GCAUUUCAUUUAUAAUGGGCGAAGUUUUCAAGCAAUAUAAUUAAGCCGGUCCCGCCUGUGCAGAAUUUUCAUGUUCUCCCUGUGCCUGCAUUUCCUCCUGGCAAUCAGUUUUCGUUCUACAUCUCAAAAACAUCUAUGAAUUGGAGACUCUAAAUUUCUAUAAGUGUGAUUGUGAGCGCGUAUGGUGGGUUGUUUUUAUGUGUCCUGCGAUUGGCUGGCAACCAGUUCAGGAUGUCAAUCAACAUGUUUAUCAAAACACAAUAUUUUGUUGGCCUCUAGUGGCUUCACCAAGUACCUCAAGUUGCAGAAAUCUGAAGCUCGUUUGAUUGCUCAUGACGUAGGUCACAGGUCACACAAGGAGACUGGAAACUCACAUAUGCAGGCGUUUUCUUUCACAGGAUGUUUUGAAGACAAACGGUUACUGGCAGUUCAGGUAACGACACAAGGCAGAUUGUCCUCACACCUUAAGUUUAAAAUGAGGACCUGGGUGAUUGUGAUCAUGUUGGGCUUCUUUCAACCCACUACAACAAAAAGACAGUGCGCCUGCAAAUAUGAACUCCAACCGGAGUGUACACAUGAUCCAGUCACUGUCCCGUGUCCGAAGAUGGCCGGCGAGGAAGUGAGAUUUAACCUUCUGAAGGAUGAACAAGUAAUUUACAACCAAGCGUGCUACUACAAAAACAAUUUGUUGAACUGUGAAUCGAACACCAGCGCUGACUUGGGGCUACAUGAGGCCAAAGCAUCAGUCAGCUUUGUCCUGACUGGCAAGGCGGCCACAAAAGGUGGACUCUACAGGUGUGAGGGAAUAGUAACAUUCCCACCUCCUCUCUUAAAACAGAGGAGUGAUGUGAGCAUCCUCGUGCAUGUUGCAAGUCACCAUUGCAGCACUGGGGAAACCAAAGUGGGACAUGGAGAGCUCAUGAUUUGGAUUCCUGUGCUUGGAAUUCUCUGCAUCUAUAGCAUCAUUAUUACAGUCAUUGCUUUGGUCAACUGGUUCCACCCAGACCUACGUGACAAAUAUACUGUCAUGAUCCUGCCGCUUCAGCACCAGCUGUGCGGGUGUCCGCGCAGGUGCGCUGAUUGGAAGGUGCACACCCGCGCCUCAUGCGGCCUGAUUAUGCUGUGGAUUUAUGACCGCGAUGACAACUGGCCGGCGCCAGUUCGUAUGAUCUUCAUGUCCCAUUCGUGUGCUCCGAUAUCCCUGAUUGAACCUAAUAAACGUGUCUCUUCUUGAACUACCUUGCGUCUUCCGAGUUCCUGCAUUUGGGUCCUACUCUCGUUUCCGAUGGGACGUGACAUAUACUGGAUCAUUCAAUCAUUUUUUGGGUGCGUUUGCAACAGUCAUGAUAGCUUGGAUACUAGCACGUCAUUUCUGGCUUUCAGCUUAUCCUUCACACUCCCUUCAUGAUACAAUACUUGUCUAAAAUUGAAGGGAUUUUUUUUGUCAUCACAGAGGUGAUGCUUAGUGAGUUAUGCUGCACUGAUAACAGAUGCGAGGUACAUGUUUGCCUCCGCGGCUUGGGAUCACAUUUCGUCCCGUUAACUGUAGCUUGUAGGUAGGACAAUUGCAUGCAUCAAGUAUUUCCCUUACCCAAUCAGCGAAAGGCAGCGAAGUUGGGGUGGUCCAGUUUAGACCAACUGUUAACUUUAUGAUGGUCAAGCCAUGUGGUUCCUACAAUUAUUUUUAUAAUUUAUACAUUAGAAUUAUAUAAUCAUUUGAAUUACCGCAGAUAUGUUACAGCUAACUAUUGGUAGCACAUUCAUGGUUUAUUUAUUAUACCAUCAAACUGUGAUUGUAGGUUUUGUGUAUAAUAGUCACCUCCCAAUAAAUUCAACUGGACAGUCAGCAAAGCCACACUAAGAAUUGCUUGGAAAUCUUGUGAAAAUAUUCUGUGUACAGGCUUGCGCAGUCGCAGCAAAGCUAAGUGGUAGCGGCAAUAAACAACAUGGUCCUUCAGGUUUUUUUUUUCUUUUUUUUGUUAACUGAAGUUCAGAAAUCGAAAAUGCACAUUUGGACGAAACUGAAAACAUUCUUUUGUGUCAAUUUUGGCCAAAGCAUUUCAGCCGCCGAAAUGUCAGUGUAUCACUACGAGAGAGCACUGCCACUGGAGAUUUCCUCAAUCUGUUAGAGAACGUAAAUGCUCACAUGAGCAAUGGCAGGCCACCUCUGGCAAAACCUUGACGAUAUUCAGAGCAACCUGGGAACAUUAAGUCAGGGUGCGUGGUCUGUGCCUCCAUGAUAAAGCAGCUGAUUAGAGUUUAGGCUAUAAGGGUUUGGUGCCUGAUGUGGUUGUUGGUGGACACUGCAGUGAGAGAUGCCAUGAAGCUGCAACUUUGUGGUUGCUC